GUCCAAACCACUAUCUGGAUUUUAGUUGACGGCAUUUUGGGCAAGCUGGCUUUCCACGGAGCUCGUGCAUUGUGCAGCGGCAGCGUUAGAACGGCUUUAGUCUCUAUAUCGCGAGCGCUUCCUGCUUGCGCUAGCCGUUCGGCUGCCGCUGGUGUUUGUCCUGCUAGCUCAGCCGCUGAUCUUCGCCCUCUACGAGUCAUGGCGCAGGCGUGUGUCCCGAGCUUGGGCAUGUCCAUGUCAGCCAAUCACGUGACGACUCCCCGGCAGCACAUCGCGGCAUCCCCCGUGCGAUCGCAGCAGCAUCAGCUGCUCUUCCCGCUCUCGUCGCUCCGCGUGCUGCGCGCAGGGGGCGCCGCGCAGCUGCCGCGCCACGCGUCGGUGUCCGCGAAGCAGCAGGGCAGGCGGGGGAAGCGCGCGGCUGUCUGCGCGCUCACAGCGGAGGUCGGCGAGGCCACUAUUUCCCGCGACGACGUGGUGCGCGAGAACGACCCGACCAACAACGUGCCGGACACCAUCUUCUCGAAGAUCGGCGCGCGGCUUCACACGCGCGCGGACCACCCGCUGAGCAUCAUCCGGUCGGAGAUCCACCAGUACUUCGACUCCGCGUACGCCAACGCCUUCCUCAAGUUCGACCACCUCGCGCCCGUCGUCGCCACCUCCUCUAACUUUGACGACCUGUUGAUCCCAGCGGACCACGUGAGCCGCAGCUACAACGACACGUACUACAUCGACGGCACCACGGUGCUGCGCACGCACACCAGCGCGCACCAGGCGCAGCUGCUGCGCGACGGCCACACGCACUUCCUCGUCACCGGGGACGUGUACCGCCGCGACGCCAUCGACGCCACGCACUACCCCGUCUUCCACCAGAUGGAGGGCUUUCGAGUGUUCAGCCCCGAGGAGCUGGCAGCAGCGGGGGGAGACCCCACGGAGUACGUGGCGCUGCAGCUCAAGCAGGCGCUCGAAGGGCUCGCCAGACACCUCUUUGGCGAUGUGGAGAUGCGAUGGGUGGACACGUACUUCCCCUUCACCAACCCCUCCUUUGAGCUCGAGAUCUUCUUCCAGGGCCAGUGGUUGGAGGUGCUGGGGUGCGGGGUGACGGAGCAGCAGAUUCUGGACAACUGCGGGCUGGCAGGCAGCAAGGCGUGGGCGUUCGGGCUGGGGCUGGAGCGUCUCGCCAUGGUGCUCUUUGACAUCCCGGACAUCCGCCUCUUCUGGUCCAACGACGACCGCUUCCUCACUCAGUUCAAGGACGGAAAGCUGGGCAUCAAGUUCAAGCCAUUCUCCAAGUACCCGCCCUGCUACAAGGACAUGAGCUUCUGGCUGAGCGACUCGUUCACAGAGAACAACCUGUGCGAGGUCGUCAGAGGGCUGGCAGGGGACCUGGCGGAGGAGGUGCGUCUGAUAGACAACUUCACGAACAAGAAGGGCAUGACGAGCCACUGCUACCGCAUCACGUACCGCUCCAUGGAGCGCUCGCUGACCGACGAGGAGAUCAACGAGAUCCAGGCCAAGGUACGAGAGGCGGCAGCGGAGAAGCUCAAGGUCACUCUCCGCUAAGCACUUGAGCAGCAUGCAGCAGCGUGCAUAUGGGCCUUGCAUUGAGCAACAGGGGUUUUAUUACAAGGGGUACUACUGUGUCUGGGUAACAGCAGGGGUUUCAUACGUAAGCCCUCAGUCAAUGCGAUUGCCACUGAGUUCCACCACAGCUUCCCUGCGGUGCUAGAGGGUUGCUAGUAGACCUAAGACCAGGCCAAUAUGUGCUCUGCAGGAGGUUUUGUGUCACGCCCUGUAUUCACUCUAUGCUUGUACUGUAGCCUGUAGUUGACCUGCUUAGAGAAUCAAAACCACUGAUACAAUAAUGUGGGUGUUCUGCCAAAAGCUUGAGAUGAGAGGCAAGGUGGAAACCUAUAACAAAUACUAGUUGGUUGUACUCACUAGAAGCAUACCUCAGUCUAG